UUGAUUGGUUGAAGUUGACUGGUGGGGCUGAUUGAAGCCGAGGCGCGCCGGCCGGAAGACAGAUUGACCGUUCAACGUUCAACUUCGGCUUCAUCCUUCAUCAUCACCUCCUACUUUCCACUUCAUCAUCGUCCAGUCCACCGGCACCAAAGAUCUGGAAGCAAUGACAUCCCCCCUGUCUGAUCAACCACAAGCGAACCUUCCCGCAGGCACAAACCAACCAGAAUCAACCGAGAGCAAUGUCCCAGAAGCAAAGCCUUUGCCUGUGAUACACCAUCAACCGGAAACAGAGACUUCCGUCGCGACAGACGAAGAAGAAGUGAAUGUUUCCAUUGAGACAAUCGACAAACCAAAAACCAAGCGGAAACGGAAACGUCACUUCAACGAAUGUCAUCGAUUAUCGAAGAAAAUCGAAAAUAAAGCGAAAAGAAGGAGGACGGGGCGUGACAAUGAAUUCCAAAGAGUGAUCUCGACUGCGAGUAUUUCUGGCGGAUUCCUGAUUCGCGAAGAGCGUGUAAUCAAAGCCGAUUUGUUCCCUGAAAUCUCGAAGGAACUUGCGAUCGAAAAGGAGAAGAAGUUGGUUCAAGAACGGGAAGCUGACGAUCAGUUUGAAGAAGAACGAUCGAAAGCUGUAAUCACUCCUCGAGCUCCAACCGAAGAAGAAAAUGAGAAAGCUUUGAAACUCGUCCAAGAACGAUUCUACUCCAUCUAUCGAGAUUACUCCAAGAUUUACAAUAGUAAAAAUGGACAGAUAAUCUGUGGGACUGAAUUCCAGAAAAUCCCGACUUUGGAACAAUCAAAGAGAGAAGAACUCGACUUUCUCUGCGCUUUCAUCCACGAUUGCAAACAGUUGGUCUCGCCAGUUACUCCAUCGGACGGACUUGCCUGCGAAAAUAUCACAUCAGCAAUCGAAGCUUACUCCAAACUGAUGGAAGGAUCUGAAAGGGCGGGAGGGAUUCUCUGGGAGCUCUUCUCCAGACUGGGCAAUGUAGCGGCCGAGAAAACCCGGGCCGAGGUGAAGAAGCUUGCGUCCGACGGACUAGGAGGGUCCAGUCUAGCCUUCCCUUCCAACAGCUUCUACCACGAUGAUCAUCAGCUCGAAAGAGAGGGUCAAGAUUCCGAGCCGCCGUUGUCCUUUGCAAUCAUGAUUCCUACCUUCAAAUCCACCGGCAAGAUCGCGCUUGAAUCCGAAGGUCAUCGAGUCGACUACGGACAAUUCAUUUUUGCUGACUUCCAAGAUGCUAUCACUUUCACACCAGAUACGAUUUGUUUGAUCAUCUUCCGCGCUCAUGAGUAUGCUCAUCGCACCUUGAACUCAACUCAAGUUGGCGAUUCUACUCGUUUGGGAUUGUGCAUACAAGCACCUUUUGUAAGAACUAGUAAAAAUAGUCUGUCAAAUCAAGACACACCUCAUCAUUCACAGCCCGAAGUAGGAGAAAAUUAGAUGAUGUUCUUUAUUUAUACAAUCUUAUCAUUUUACGCUAAAUUGCAUUGUGAUGUGCACUGAUGUGCAGCACACCCGACCCCUUGCGUGUGUAUAGC